AUGGGUGUCACCAAGGAAACCAAGGCCGCCGGCAAUGGCGUCGACUUCCCCAAGAAGGGCGACUUUGUCACCAUCCACUACACUGGUAGACUGACCGACGGCUCAAAGUUCGACAGCUCCGUCGACCGGAAUGACCCCUUCCAGACCCAGAUUGGUACUGGCCGUGUCAUCAAGGGUUGGGAUGAGGGUGUCCCUCAGAUGAGCCUUGGCGAGAAGGCUGUCCUCACCAUUACCCCUGACUACGGCUAUGGCGCUCGUGGCUUCCCUCCUGUCAUCCCUGGCAACUCUACCCUCAUCUUCGAGGUUGAGCUCCUUGGCAUCAACAACAAGAGGGCUUAG